AUGAGCUCCCUCAAAUUUCUGGUGUCCUCUCUGGAUGCCAUCGCGAGCUCGAAAGAUGCACAACGCAAUAAGCAGCUCGCCGAAUCGACCCAAAAGGCCCAAGAUGCCAUCAAGGAGCAGGAUGGGCAUCCUGACCCUGAAGUUCUUUUCGCCCCCCUCCAGCUUGCUACCAAAUCCAACAACCCGCAGUUGACGACGGCGGCGCUCGAUUGCAUCGGCAAGCUCAUCUCGUCCUCGUACUUUUCACUACCAAGCAAAGACGACACAGGACCUGAACCUCACCAAGGCGCUGAAAGUAUAUCACCUCUGAUAGACCGAGCCAUCGAUACAAUAUGCGACUGUUUUCAAGGAGAAACAACCGUUGUUGAGAUUCAGCUGCAAAUCGUCAAGUCGCUUUUGGCAGCCGUCUUGAGCGACAGGAUCGUCGUUCAUGGUGCUGGCCUCCUCAAAGCUGUUCGACAGGUGUACAAUGUCUUCCUUCUGUCAAGGAGCACGGCAAACCAGCAGGUGGCCCAAGGUACCUUGACCCAAAUGGUUGGCACAGUAUUCGAGCGCGUCAAGACACGAUUACACAUGAAGGAAUCCCGGCUACAGCUGAGCAAUCUAAAGCAUAGCGCAAGCAACGUCACGUUUGACCCAAGUGAGACGACCAACGACAUACCUGUUGAAACAGACGGCAAUGAGUCGCCAUUGCCAGAGCUGGAAGCCGGCGCCUCGGAGCGGUCCAACGGUGGAGCCAAGCUGACGUUGAAAGAUCUCGAGCAUCGCAAGAGCUUUGACGAUUCCACCCUCGGCGAUGGGCCGACAAUGGUCACCAGGUUGAAGUCGGCUGGAAAGGAUGACGCGUCCACUUCCAGCCAUCUUGGACCUCAGGGCUCAGCUCAAGAAGUCAUGGAAGCCUUGGAUGCUGAAGACGAAGUCUAUGUACGGGAUGCCUAUCUCGUGUUUCGGUCAUUCUGUAAUCUCUCUACCAAGAUUCUCCCUCCCGAUCAGCUUUAUGAUUUACGCGGACAGCCAAUGCGUUCGAAACUCAUCUCUCUUCAUCUCAUCCACACGCUGCUCAACAACAAUAUUACCGUCUUCACCUCGCCGCUCUGCACCAUCAAAAACUCCAAAAAUAACGAGCCUACUUCUUUUCUGCAAGCCAUUAAAUUUUACCUAUGCCUUAGCAUUACUCGUAAUGGCGCUACUUCUGUGGAUCGUGUAUUUGAAGUCUGCUCUGAGAUAUUUUGGUUAAUGCUCAAGUUCAUGAGAGCCUCAUUCAAGAAAGAGAUUGAAGUGUUCUUGAACGAAAUCUACUUGGCCCUUUUGUCGCGACGCAAUGCACCCGUCUCGCAGAAGCUAUACUUUGUUACUAUACUUAAUCGACUGUGCGCUGACCCGCGAGCGUUGGUUGAAACGUACUUGAAUUAUGAUUGCGAUCAAACCGUGGACAACAUAUUCCAGACCAUGAUAGAGGAUCUUUCCAAGUUUUCCACAACACCCUUGACCAUCACUACAAUUAAUGAGCAGGUAUAUGAGGAGUCGAGGUCCAAAAUCUCACCGGCGAGCGAAUGGCAACUGAAGGGCAUACUACCGCCACCAUUGACUGUUGCUCACAUCAUAACCUCCCAAGAUGCCGAACCAGAUUAUCCCAAAGAGUAUGCCCUGAAACGUGUGUCACUCGAGGCCUUGGUCGAAACCCUGCGAUCGUUGGUAAACUGGUCCGCCUCUGUGCGAUCCGAUGGUGGAGACAUGCUUCGACCGGACGGGGAAGCCAAGGCCUCCGUUGACGAGUUACGACCCUCUUUCGAUCCUACUUUGAGCGACAGUGCGUCGCGACUUGAAACGCCCUUGCCGCCGUCUACUCCUGUCGUAGAUGACGAUCCGGAUCAUCUCGAAAAGGAAAAGGCCCGCAAGACGGCCCUCACCAAUGCUAUUACACAGUUCAACUUUAAACCCAAGAAAGGAAUCAAGCUGCUAAUCCGCGACGGGUUCAUUAUCAGCGAUGGGCCUGCCGAUAUCGCCAACUUUCUCUUAAAGGAAGACAGGCUCGACAAGGCUCAAAUCGGCGAAUACUUGGGUGAAGGCGACCAACAAAAUAUUGACAUCAUGCACGCUUUUGUCGAUGCAAUGGACUUUACAAAGAAACGAUUUGUUGACGCUCUCCGCCAGUUCCUGCAGGCAUUUCGCUUGCCCGGUGAAGCUCAGAAAAUUGACCGCUUCAUGCUCAAGUUCGCGGAGCGCUACGUUAUGGGGAAUCCCAAUGCUUUUGCGAACGCUGACACAGCCUACGUCCUUGCCUACUCCGUCAUUAUGCUAAACACCGACCAACACAGCAGCAAGAUUGCCAAGAGAAUGAGCAAGGAGGAGUUCAUCAAGAAUAACCGCGGCAUCAACGACAACGCCGAUCUUCCUGACGAGUACCUGAUUAGCAUCUACGAUGAGAUUGCGAGUAACGAAAUUGUUCUCAAGAGCGAGCGUGAAGCUGCCGCGGCCGCCGGUUCCCCGGCGGCUCAACCAAGUGGUCUUGCUGGUAUUGGCCAGGCCUUCUCCAACGUAGGGCGAGAUCUGCAACGUGAAGCCUACGUGCAGCAGUCGGAAGAGAUUUCGCUACGAUCUGAGCAACUGUUUAAAAAUCUUUUCAAGAGCCAGCGCCGCAACGCAGCCAAGGCGGGACUGAAGUUCAUCCCGGCCACGUCCUUUAAGCAUGUCCACUCUAUGUUCGAUGUGACCUGGAUGUCCUUCUUCUCUGCCUUGUCUAGCCAGACUCAAAAAUCUCACAACAUCGAGGUCAAUAAACUGUGCUUGGAAGGCAUGAAACUCGCGACGAGAAUCGCAUGUUUCUUCGAGCUGUCUACUCCGCGGGAAGCGUUCAUCUCGGCUUUGAGAAAUACGACAAACUUGAACAACCCUCAAGAUAUCCAGGCAAAAAACAUUGAAGCCCUAAAGGUCAUUCUAGAAUUAGGGCAGAGCGAAGGAAAUCUUUUACGGGCGUCCUGGAAAGAUAUCCUCAUGUGCAUCAGCCAGCUUGAUCGGCUGCAACUCAUCACGGGAGGUGUUGACGAAAGCGCAAUUCCAGAUGUCUCUCAAGCGCGAUUCGUGCCGGCGUCGAGAACUGAUAGCGGCGACUCGAGGUUAGCCACGCAACCAAGACAGAGGACCAGGCAACGAGCUGGGACCGGGCCGAGGGGGUUCUCCAAUGAAAUUGCGCUGGAAAGCCGAUCGGACGGCUUUGUCCGCAGCGUGGAUCGGAUCUUUACAAACACGGCGAACCUGUCGGGUGAGUCCAUCGUGCACUUUGCAAAGGCCUUGACAGAAGUUAGUUGGGCGGAAAUCAAGGCUUCCGGCUCCAACGAUUCGCCCAGAACCUACAGCCUGCAGAAGAUUGUCGAAAUCAGCUACUACAACAUGAAGCGUGUCCGCUUCGAAUGGACCAACAUCUGGGAUGUACUCGGAGAGCAUUUCAACGAAGUGGGAUGCCAUAACAACAUGAACAUAGUCUUCUUCGCACUGGACUCGCUUCGCCAGCUGUCUAUGCGAUUCAUGGAGAUUGAGGAGCUGGCGGGCUUCAAGUUUCAAAAGGAUUUUCUGAAGCCCUUUGAACACGUCCUCGCAAAUUCACAAAACGUCACAGUCAAGGAUCUGGUCCUGCGCUGCCUCAUUCAAAUGAUCCAGGCACGGGGGGAUAAUAUCCGUUCCGGCUGGAGAACCAUGUUUGGUGUGUUUACGGUGGCGGCCAGAGAGACGCACGAGAGUAUCGUGAAUCUCGCCUUUGAGAACGUCAACCUCGUCUACAGGACGAAGUUCGGGGUGGUGAUAUCGCAAGGUGCCUUUACAGACCUCGUUGUCUGUCUCACCGAAUUCUCCAAAAACCUCAAGUUUCAAAAGAAGAGUCUCGCGGCGCUGGAACUGCUCAAGUCCGUUAUACCGGCCAUGCUCAAGACCCCCGAGUGCCCCCUCUCACACAGGUACGGCAGCGCUCACGGGGUGGGGGAACGGGACAAGAUUGCGGGAAAGACGAUGGAAAGUGCCAAGAAGGCGUUGGCCAACACGUCGGUCGAGGAAGGCUUUUGGUUCCCGGUCUUGUUUGCCUUCCACGAUGUGCUCAUGACGGGAGAGGACUUGGAGGUGCGGUCAAACGCGCUCGAGUACUUCUUCGCUGCCCUCAUCAAGUACGGAGGAGAUUUCACCUCAGAUUUCUGGGACAUUCUUUGGCGCCAACAGCUCUACCCGAUAUUCAUGGUCCUGAGGUCGAAACCAGAACUGAGCAACGUCUUGAACCACGAGGAGCUUUCCGUCUGGCUUUCCACCACAAUGAUCCAAGCGCUCCGCAACAUGAUUACGCUGUUUACCCACUACUUUGAGUCUCUCGAGUACAUGCUGGAUCGGUUUCUCGAGCUGCUGGCCCUCUGCAUCUGCCAGGAAAACGACACCAUAUCCCGAAUCGGCAGCAACUGCCUGCAGCAGCUCAUCCUGAAAAACGUGACCAAGUUCACGCCUGACCACUGGGCCAAGAUUGUGGGGGCCUUUUGCGAACUCUUUGAACGCACCACCGCGUACCAGUUGUUCACAGCCACAAACAUGGGCUCAGGAUCUGCCCUGUCCCUGCCCGCCACGAACGGGUUCGACUUUUCCGGGGCUCUGAGUCCCCCCGCCGAGACGAUGUCCGUGGGCGAAAAGUCGCUCAAAGUCAACCGGACAGAUGACGGCGCAGCGACCGCCAGGGACGAGCCCAUCGUCCCUCCCCAAACAUCGCCCAAGCCACUCGGCGACGAUGCUGACACGCCUGGCGGCGGCAGCGGCGGCGGCAUUGCGGGACAGCCGCUGGAAGAGUUCAAGCCGACCUCGAGCCUCCAACAGCAACCCGUCGUCGUCACUGCCGCAAGGAGGCGCUUCUUCAACCGCAUCAUAUCGCGCUGCGUACUGCAGCUGCUCAUGAUUGAGACGGUUCACGAGCUCUUCGGCAACGACAGCGUCUACACGCACAUCCCGUCCCCCGAGCUGCUGCGACUGAUGGCGCUGCUCAAGCGGUCCUUCCAGUUCGCCCGCCGCUUCAACGAGGAUAAGGAGCUCCGAAUGAAGCUGUGGCGAGAGGGCUUCAUGAAGCAGCCACCGAACCUCCUGAAGCAGGAGAGCGGCUCCGCAGCAACGUACGUGUCCAUCCUGUUCAGGAUGUUUGCGGACAACGCGCCGGAACGGCUGGAGAGCCGCCCCGACAUCGAGGCCGCCCUGGUGCCGCUCUGCAAGGACAUUAUCCAGGGAUACUCGGCCCUGGCGGAGGAGUCGCAGCAGCGCAACAUCAUGGCAUGGCGUCCCGUGGUGGUGGACGUGCUGGAGGGCUUCGCCAGCUUCCCGGACGACGUGUUCCGGUCCCACAUGCGAGCAUGCUACCCGCUGGCCAUCAACCUGCUGACCAAGGACCUCGGCCAAGAUUUGCGCGCGGCGCUGCUGGUGGUUUUGCGGCGCGUCGGCGAAGUCGGCUUCGGCAUCGAGGGCAUGGGCAAGGGCGACGGAGGGCGCAGGGAGAGCGUCGCGAGUGAGCUGGCGCCCGAGGAUGCCGGCGCUGGCCAGGACGCAUCCGCCAUGAAGAUGCUGUAG